AUGAAAUUGCACGUUUUAUUGCUGACGGCGCUUCCCAUGUGCCUGGCUCAAUUCUCAAUCCAGGGGCCUAGCGACGGGCACCGGCGGGCCCAGGGUCUUAAGUUCAGCGCGGAGAAAGGAAUCGAGUAUACAGAGGCGAGCGAGGGAGGCGGACAAGGAGAUUUCAGCAUCCAAGGCGCGACCGAUGGCAACAGCAAUUUCCAGAUUCAAGGUGCUACGGACGGUCACUCAAACUUCCAGAUUCAGGGUCCCUCGGAUGGCGGUGCGGCCACCUAUAUACAGGGAGCGUAUGAUGCUAAUCAGGGCAACGGAAAGGCACUCGAGUACAACGAUCCCAGCGGUUACAGGGUAAAUUGGAGAUCGUACGAGCGCCAGGCGCGUCCGCAAGCGCAGGUGGAGCAGCAAUACGCAGCGCAAGCGCCGGUACCGCAGGCACGACACCGAGCGCGUCAACCGCAGCCGCGACCGCGACCGCAACCGCAGCAACAGCAGGUUGCGGAACCUACACCUAAUUACAAGCCCUACAACAAUGCGCCGUCACAGAUCCAACAACUGCUUCAAUUUCAACAGCAGAUUCCAUACAUCAAUGUGAUCCCGGAACAAUACAGAUUCGACGCUGAGGCCGCGAUCCAAGAGCAGGCCAAGCAGGUCCACGAGCACUACCGCCAACUGGCGCAGCAACCAGCUCGUUCACCUGCUCCGGAACCCGCGCCCGCGCCCGCGCCUGAACGGCGUCAGAAGUCGCGUGGCCACUCCAGGAGCAGACGCGAGGCGAAUCCGCAGAAACAGCAGGCACAACUGCAGUACCGCACGACACAGGCGCCGGCGGAACCACAGCCGCACUACUCGCCGAACUUGCCGUCGCACCUGCAAGAGCUUCUCAAGUAUCAAUCGCAGAUACCGUACAACAUCUUCGCCAAUCAGGUCGCAUAUCGCGGCCCGGACAAGCCGUACGUCCCCCAGCCCGUGCAGCCGCCGCAGCAGCAACAGCAAUUGCAGCAACAGCCUCAGUUGCAGCAGGCUCAGUAUCAGGGCCAGGGCGGAGCUUUUGAAGCUCAGGCGAGUGCGUACACGCAAGCUCGCGUGGCCGGCUACCCGGACCAGCAACUGGGCUACAAUCAGCAACAACAGCAGGCCGGCGCGGGCGUGCGGCCCGUCACCGAGAAUCAGUACUGA